AUGCAGGGGCAAUUGAUUCCCGAUGGAAGCGGACCGUGCGGGGAUCCUGAGAAUAUCGAAUUCACACGAGGCUGCUCGCGCCGCCUUAACACCGCCGCCUGUCACCCGAGAGCCGUAUCUGCGCGCGGCUCGGCGGCGACGACGCGCGCGGCCAGGGCCCGUACCCGGCGCCCAUGCGACGCCCGGCGCGGCCCGCGGACGGCGGGGCGGGGCGUCCCGGGGGCGGGCGAGGAGGGGGAGGCGGGCGGGCGCCGGCGCCGAGCGCAGCGCUGCGCGGGCGGUGGCGGCGCGGCGGUGCGCGGCCGCCCGCGCAGUGCUCCGGCGGCCCGCGACCCUCGCACGCGAGCGCGGCGGCGAGUCGGCGCGCAUCGGCGGCGGGGCAGAGCAGCAGCGCAGGCGUACGCCACGGGCGGCGCGGGGCGGCGGCUUUCCGGGCGUCCAGGGGCGAGGCGGCGCGGCGGCGGCGGCGAGAUAGGCGGGCGCCGGGCGGCGGCCGGGCGAAGCGGGCGGGACCCGCGACGCCGCGCUAGCGCGUGUGGCCCCCCGUCGCGCGCGGCCCGCGUGUCCCCCGUCGUCGUGCUGCGAGCAAUACGUGAUCGAGCUGAUCAACGAUUCGCGACGGCGCGCCACGACGGCGGUGGCCGGCGGCGGCGCGCCCAUGACGACCUGCUGGUGCGCCGCGGGCCCGAGGCGGCGCCGCCGCCGCCGCCGCCAACGCCCACCGACGCCGCCGCCGCCGCGUGGGACAACGCCACGCAGGCCGCCAACGACACGGGCCUGUUCGCCGAGGACCCCGCCGUGCAGCUGCUGGUGAUGGUGGGCACCGCCUUCGUGCUGGGCCUGCUCAUCCUCGCCACUGUCAUCGCUAAGUGGUAG